CUGGCAUGAUGGUUUUCCAGGGUUGCAGCCAGUGGUCGAGUCUUGCUGGUGUUGCUGCGAUGUCACCCAAACUUCAACAUCAACGAUGCUGAAAUUAGAAGCGCAUAGGCUGAGCGAUCAGGAACAGCGGAAGAACAAUUGCAAGGGGUCGGAGACGUUAGGAGGAAGACACGAGGGUAGCGGCCGAGGGCGAGGACUUGGUUGGUGAAGAAAGGGGAAUUAAUGGACCCCUUCUUGGCAUGGACCACGAAGCUAGGGAGCUUCCUGGCCCAGAGUUCAUAAGGUCCAGCUGUCCUCACCACUGCGCUCCUUGACCCUGUCUGCAUAUUCACUUGCACACUAUAUCUAAGUGUUCUACUCGUAGUUCACUUGAUCGUCUCUCGCUUGCUUGUCUCUGUUAUUGAAGAACCAAUUGCUCUCUUCAACCCCUCCACAUCUACUUUCUUCUAGACUGUCUCCUCACACAUCACCACCACCAACAUGAAGGCCAUCAUUCUCGUCGGAGGGUUCGGUACCCGUCUGAGGCCUCUUACCCUCACAUACCCCAAGCCGCUUGUUGAGUUUGCCAACAAGCCCAUGAUCCAGCACCAGAUUGAGGCUCUUGCCGCUGCUGGUGUCACCGAUGUUGUCCUCGCUGUCAACUACCGCCCAGAGAUCAUGGCUGAGGCCCUGAAAACAUACGAGAAGCAGUACAACAUCAAGAUCACAUUCUCCGUCGAGACCGAGCCCCUUGGCACCGCCGGACCCCUGAAGCUCGCCGAGGCCAUCCUCGGAAAGGACGAGUCGCCCUUCUUCGUUCUUAACGCCGACGUUACCUGCGAAUACCCCUUUGCGCAGCUCGCCGAGUUCCACAAGCAGCACGGUGACGAGGGUACAAUUGUUGUCACGAAGGUAGAGGAGCCGUCCAAGUACGGUGUUGUUGUACACAAGCCCAGCCACCCCUCGAGGAUCGACCGCUUCGUCGAGAAGCCCGUCGAGUUCGUCGGUAACCGCAUCAACGCCGGUAUCUACAUCCUCAACCCCAGCGUCCUGAAGCGCAUCGAGCUCCGCCCCACCUCCAUUGAGCAGGAGACAUUCCCCGCCAUCUGCAAAGACGGUGGUCUGCACUCGUUCGACCUUGAGGGUUUCUGGAUGGAUGUUGGACAGCCCAAGGACUUCCUCUCCGGUACCUGCUUGUACCUCUCUUCGCUGCAGCGCAAGAGCCCUAAGCUCCUUGUCUCCCCCAACGAGCCAUACGUCUAUGGCGGUAACGUCAUGAUCGACGAGUCCGCAAAGAUUGGCAAGAACUGCCGUAUCGGACCUAAUGUCACAAUUGGACCCAACGUUGUCAUCGGCGAUGGUGUCCGUCUCCAGCGCUGCGUGCUGUUGAAAAACAGCCGCGUCAAGGACCACGCCUGGGUCAAGUCGACCAUCGUUGGCUGGAACAGCACUGUCGGCAAGUGGGCUCGUCUCGAGAACGUAACUGUUCUCGGCGACGAUGUCUCCAUUGGCGACGAGGUCUAUGUCAACGGUGGUUCAGUCCUGCCCCACAAGACCAUCAAGCAGAACGUCGACACUCCUUCGAUCAUCAUGUAAACUUACCUUCCACUUCGAUUUACACGAUUCUUUCAUCGACCGGAUGUGACCGACGUACGGCUUUUAAUCACCUUCUACCUUCUUGUAUAUUCUGCGAUACCGAUCUUUCACGUUCUGCGAGCAUCUGCAUAGAGAUUGCAGGUGUCUUAUGUCUUUUUCUCUCAACUCUCGGCAUCGUUCAUCAAAAGCGCGCAGGGCUUGGC